CCCUCGCGCUUUCAAUUGACGGGCAUGUUUUGAAACGGAGGUUUCUGUUCUACCGGUCCUUGCUCAUCAAUGAAGGCGGCGUCCGCAAUCAACUCAACGUCCGACGCCCCCAUGCAAUCGGAUGGAAGAGAAGAUCGUGUCCUUGACUACUACAAGAACGAGAUGACCAAGACCAACACGAUGCUGUAUUUGACGCGCGUCAGUUUCUGCAUCUUCGUGGUCUUCGCUAUGUUCCUUCUAGGCAUGCUUUUCUUCUUCCAUGUUACUGGAAAUAGGGAAGUGCCUCCUCCCAUAGAGCGAAUCAUUUACCAAAGCGGGCCUUCCGUUGCAGAUUGUGUUAUCAACAACGCCACGUACAACGCAGGAAUAGCUCCAUCUGUCAUUUCCGUUCAAUCAGUCUUGACGACAUCUCAUGGAAGUCAAAGUAGUAAAACUGAUACGACGAUCACUACAACAAGUAUCUCUUCUGGGACGUUCAAACCAAGCAAUGAAAAGAGUGAACUUGGAAAAUCAGGACCGAAUAACCAGCUCGUAUUCUGCUUCUUUAACCGCACAUCGUACCGUAGGCAAGAACCACUCUCUAUCCACCAUAUUCCGGUCCACUUGUGCACGCAUGCCAUCUACUCUUCCGUCGGUGUAGACGAGUCCUUCCGUGUGCGACUAAGAGACAAAUCGUUUGACAUUGGUCAGGGUGGAAUUGAAAAGUUCGUUGCCCUGAAAGCACGCAAUUCCAAUCUGAAGGUCCUUGCUGGUCUCGGUGAGACUGGAGAUGACUGGAGAUUAUUGUACGACAUGAUUUCUGAUGGCGGAGUAAUGCGAACCUUCGCCCAAAACGCGGUGGACUGGGUCAUGUUAAAUAAGUUUCACGGCGUUGUUCUCAACUGGCUGCUUCCGCGUAAGACAGAUCGUGCGAAGAUCACUGAACUUGUAAUAGACCUCAAGAACCGCUUCACACCAAUGCAUUUAAUAGUCGCUGUGACUUUACCACAUCAAGCUGUGAUUCGUAGGUUAGCAUUCGAAGUUACUCGCUUGGCAGAGCAUUCCGACUUUCUCCUGUUCAACAUGUUCAGUGAGCACAACCACUCUAUUCCAAGAGCGACAUUCCCGGUGACGAACGAAGACGUAACGCUCUUUCCCAAAGCCGUGCGAUCUGAAAUUGGAAAAAAGCACUUCGACAAAGCGUGCUUCGUGCUGCCUCUUUAUGGCUUGUCAUAUACAUUGAGAAGGAAGGACCAUUCGCAUGUAGGAGCGGCAGCGCUAGGACCAGGGCUUCCGGGAAAGUUCACCAGAUCACCAGGCAUAUUGGCGUACAAUGAAAUAUGCUCUGCGAACUGGUCGUUGAUUAACACAGAUACGUUCGGAACUUUCUCAGUGAAAGGCAAUCAGUGGGUGGGGUAUCACGGUCCAACGAACUUAAGGAACAUCGUUAAGAUGAUCAGAAGGCGCCAUGGUGCUCGAUGCAUUGCCCUGUGGGAAGUUGGUUUCGACGAUUUCAAAGGGCGUUGUGGAACGCCAUACCCAAUCAUGCAGAAGUGUUGUGGGAACAUUUGACACUCUCUCCCAAGACAGUGAGGUAGCAGACGUUCGACGUGACAGAGUGAACAGUCGGUGACAGGAUGGAAUAAAUGUCCUUUUCAGCGUUGUA